CCGUGUCAGGGAGGCCGCGGGAGUCCGACGAGCGCGCAAGGAUACAGACCGCCCGAGAGAUAGGGAGCGAGAAAGAGAAGGGAGACAUCUAAGUAAGAGCAAGAGACGACGGGGAAGAGAGCGACGGAAAAAGACAGAGAGGGAGGAAAAGAGAAGGCGCGGAAAAGAGGAAGAAGAGAAGAGAGAACACGCACCUCCUCCACCGCCUUCGGGCCUGCCUUGUGUAUCCCGCCCGUCUGUGUGUAGCGACGAACGAUCAAGAAGACGGGCUAACCGGGCCGUCUGUCUGGCCCUUCGACACGCGGUGCGUCGACAGGCUGGCCGACGACGACGAAGCUUAGCGGUACGGUUUUCCAGCGCGAUAUAUCACCCGGGAACCGUAAGUUGCCGCACUUUGAGGUAAGGAGAGAAGUAUUCGGUGGCUCCUUUCUCUUCGGGGGUCGUGAGAUCAGCGCAGAAAGGUGAGAGCGCCCUUGGAAUCGUCCGCAGAAGCAGAGAGGAGGACCCCAGGCCGGCACGAUGCGGCCUAGGGCCGCGGCGACGUCAACAAUCAACACCGGCGACACGAGCCGCAGCAUCUCGCGGUCGCUUGUUCUCUUCGUCCUACGAAUUACCUGCGUCCUUGCCCUACUGGUGCUCACCGCCACGUGGAUACCGGUCGCCGAGGCUGUGAUCUGCAAAGACUCGUACAAAUGCAACUGUACUGGAAUAAAAGGACAGCCGGGAUAUCCUGGAAUAGCUGGGCCUCAAGGAACGGAAGGUUCUCCAGGUGAUAUCGGACCCGACGGACCUCCCGGGCCCAAAGGCGAGAAAGGAGCUGGCGGAGAAUAUGGAGCUACCGGAGAAAAGGGCUACCGAGGCGAAGAUGGUGUACGAGGAUUUCCAGGAGAACCAGGACUUUCUGGUAAUCCUGGUUUAUCCGGUGUGAUGGGUCCGGACGGUCUGGACGGAUGCAACGGGACCGACGGUCGUGCCGGUGCACCCGGUAUGCCUGGAUAUUUCGGGCCGCGUGGUCCAGAAGGACCCAUGGGAGAUUACGGUCCAGCGGGAGAGCCCGGUGAUGGAGGUAUCAAUUCGGUCGGUGCCAAAGGAAUUCGCGGAGAUCCCGGUAUCGAUGGGCCGGAGGGUUAUCGAGGACAGCAUGGGCUGACCGGUGAAAUGGGUUAUCCCGGAGAACCAGGCGACUUUGGUUUGCCAGGUCCUCCUGGAUUGCCAGGCAUGCAAGGUAGCGUCGGUGAAGAUGUGUACGGCGUGAAGGGUCAGCUUGGCGAACAGGGAGACAGAGGAGAUCCUGGAAUAUACGAAUUUAAACAAGGACCGAAUUCGACACUCGUGAAAGGUUCUCCAGGACCGAAGGGUAUGAAGGGCGAUUACGGCGACCGAAGUCGCAAGGGAGAAAUGGGUGCUAAGGGUCCAAAGGGCCGUACAGGUUUCUUAGGUAUGAAGGGUAUCAAGGGUGAACAGGGUGAUGAUGGACCGAGAGGUAAACAGGGUGCAGAAGGACCGCCAGGUCCAGCUGGUGAGAAGGGAGAGAAAGGAGCUCCAGGAUUUGCUGGACUACCCGGUUCGGAUGGAGCUGACGGAGAACCAGGAGAAGAAGGAAAUCGUGGUCAACCUGGUAAACAAGGUGCUGAAGGAGAACAUGGACUGUAUAUCCCAGAACUUGAUGAAAUAAUCGCCGGGAACAUUGGUAUCCAAGGAGAUCUUGGUCCUCCCGGUGAACCUGGUGAGUCAGGAACGCCAGGUUUACCAGGUAAAGUCGGCUUUAUAGGACCUCCAGGACCGCCAGGACCUCAGGGUCUAUCUGGUUUGCCAGGAUUAAAAGGCUCGUCUAUAAAAGGAGAACAAGGAGACGACGGCUUACCGGGCACCGUCGGACCUCAGGGACCUCCCGGGCUACCUGGUUUGCCCGGACCUGUUGGAGCCAAAGGAUUUCCAGGCGUUACAAUUCAUGGACCUCCAGGACAAGAUGGUAAACCAGGUAUUCCAGGAUUGUCAGGCCCACCUGGCGAUCGCGGUGAUCCAGGUUUUCCAGGAGAGAAAGGUUUCCCUGGAAAAGGUAUAAGAAUUCGCGGACCACCAGGAGAACGAGGUCUUCCAGGAACGCCAGGCAUUUCCGGCCCCGAUGGCUGGCCUGGUUUACCCGGCCUUAAAGGUUUAAAGGGUAUUCGAGGAGACGAUUGUGGCGUCUGUGCACCAGGUUUACCCGGUGAGAAAGGAGAACGCGGUGAGUCUGGCUUAGACGGGUAUCCCGGAGCUUCGGGAUUCCCCGGGUUGCCAGGUCCUCGAGGAUUCAAAGGAAUACAAGGAAAACGUGGUCCACAAGGUCCAGCGGGACUUCAAGGUGACAGUGGACGGCCCGGUAUAGCGGGCAUUCAAGGACCUAAAGGAGAACGAGGUCAACUAAGGUUCCCGGACGAGAAGAUCGAGAGUCCGCCGGGUGACGAUGGAGAGAAAGGCUUGCCUGGUCCCGAAGGACCCAGAGGUCCACGAGGGCCACCGGGUUCUAUCGGCGACACAGGUGUACCGGGUCCUAAAGGAGAAAAGGGUGACCAUGGUGCUCCAGGAUUACCGGGAAAGAAUGGAACUCACGGAUGGGACGGCAUUCCCGGUGAAAAAGGUGAAGACGCUUUAAUACCAGUUGUUUUCUUGCGCGGAGAUCCAGGAUAUCCAGGAGAGCCGGGAGUGGAAGGAAUACAAGGAGAUAAAGGUAGCAAGGGAAGACCUGGAGAUGCCGGAGAGUAUCUCGAAGACACUAGAGGUGACAAAGGUUACAAAGGUGAACCAGGAGACCGCGGCGAGCCUGGUUUCAAAGGCUUCCAAGGACAAAUUGGCGACGAAGGUCUACCAGGAUUAUCAGGUGAGCCAGGUGCGCCAGGUAUUUCGAUUCAAGGUCCUGUUGGCUUAAAGGGAUAUCCCGGAAUCCCGGGAGAUCAAGGACCUCGAGGCUCACCAGGCUCACCAGGAUCGCAGGGACCAGUUGGUUUUCCGGGUCGCGUUGGCAAUAAAGGUGAUCGAGGAGAUCCAGGCUCAAAUUUAACUUACGGCGAAAUUGGAGAACGCGGAGGAUACGGUCCUAAGGGUGAAAUCGGAAAUCCUGGUCCUGAAGGUUUACGUGGGCGAGCAGGAGAGGAUGGUCCGAAAGGUAGCAAGGGUGCCAAAGGAGCACCUGGCUACGAAGGAUUGCCUGGACUUCAAGGAGCUAAAGGUCAACAUGGAGACAGUAUACAAGGAGAUCGAGGUUUCCCAGGAAUACCAGGCCAGCCUGGAAUGCCUGGAUUAAUUGGAGAUGUCGGUAUUCGCGGUCCCGAUGGACCUUCCGGCUUUGACGGAAUGAAGGGUUUGAAGGGAGAAAUCGGUUUUAUUGGACGACGUGGUGACGAUGGUGACAUGGGACCUCAGGGAUAUCAAGGUAUGCACGGAAGACAGGGUCUACCUGGUGCUCCGGGAGAAAAAGGAGAAGUUGGCGAAAUUGGCGAGUCAGGGCCGAUUGGUUGGCCCGGUUUUGACGGAAUCGAUGGAGCGCCCGGUCCUAAAGGAGAACUUGGAGAUGCUGGAAUUCCUGGAGAGCCGGGAGUAAGAGGACCACUUGGACCUAAGGGUAUUUUCGGUGAUAUGGGUAUCGACGGAUUGCCAGGGCCUCGUGGUGAGAACGCCUUUAGCGGUCCUCAAGGUGAUAUCGGUGAGCCCGGUUUCAUGGGAGAAAUUGGUCCGCCUGGUCUCGCUGGUUUCGACGGACGACCAGGUUUACCAGGAGAGCCGGGAUUGGCUACCGACGGUUUUGACGGUCUGCAAGGACAGAAGGGUAACGAUGGCUAUGACGGAUUCGAUGGCACCGUAGGACCAAAGGGAGAAAUUGGUGAUAUGGGUCCUGACGGAUUAAAAGGUGAACGAGGCGAUCAAGGUUUUCCGGGAAGACCGGGCGCACCUGGAAGACACGGCAGACCCGGUGUGAAAGGUGAAAAGGGUCUAAUUGGCCCGCCCGGAUUUGAUGGACUAAAAGGAAAACACGGACUCGACGGUGAUCCAGGUCUAAUGGGCAGACCAGGAAUGCCGGGUGAACCCGGCGUAAGAGGACCACCAGGUCUUUUAGGACAUCCUGGACCCAAAGGUAUCGUAGGUGAACCUGGUUUACCAUCUUUCGCGUAUGCGCCGAAAGGUGAUUACGGUGAUCGCGGACACGAUGGUUUACCUGGUCUUAAAGGAGAACGGGGUGAACAAGGAUAUAUGGGAUUACCUGGUCGUAAGGGUCAAAUUGGAGACAGAGGUUUAUCUGGUUCUGUCGGAUUUGUCGGAUUACCUGGUUUUCCUGGUUUGCCAGGUGAUCAAGGACCCCAAGGCGCUCCAGGUUUACCUGGUGAAUUUGCUGAACCCGGUGAACCUGGUCGCUCCGGUCUGGACGGCAUGCCUGGUGUUCCAGGACGUCCGGGACAAAAAGGAGCUCCUGGCGAAUAUGGUCGAAAUGGACCGAAAGGUAUCGCUGGUGAUAUAGGUCAUAGUAUUCGCGGUCCUAAAGGAAUUUCAGGAGAACCAGGUCCUAGAGGAUUUGUCGGCUUUCCGGGCGCACCAGGUUUGGAAGGAUUGCAAGGUUUCCCCGGAACACCAGGUCCGAAAGGUUAUCGUGGUGAACCGGGAGUAUCCGCGAUCAACGCCAAAGGACAACCCGGCGAAAUCGGAUGGCCUGGACUUGAUGGUCGACCGGGACUGAAAGGAAUGAAAGGUGAAUCUGGUCUACCUGGUUUCAUGGGACAACCAGGAUUGAAGGGAGAAAGAGGAGAGCCUGGUGAGCUUGGUAUUCCUGGACUACCUGGUUUACCUGGACCGCAGGGACCAAAAGGAGAUCCCGGUAUAAAUCCAUUCCCACCGUUCCCAAGAAAAGGACCUGUUGGUGACAUAGGAGCUCCUGGAUUACCAGGUUUCCCUGGACUACAGGGAAUAAUGGGUGAACCUGGCAAAGAUGGCCUACCUGGACGAGAAGGUGAGAGAGGUAUGAUUGGUUUUACUGGACCGCAGGGACCGGAAGGUAAAGAGGGACCGCCCGGAUAUCAAGGACCUCCUGGAUCAACUGGACGACAAGGAUCACCGGGAUUCCCCGGCGCACCUGGUAUACCCGCGGCAAAUGGAAUCGGUCCAAGAAACAGAGGUUUCUACUUCGCUCGUCACUCGCAGUCCGAAAUGAUACCAAUCUGUCCGAAAAACACCGUGAAGAUUUGGGAAGGAUUCUCUUUAUUACACAUAAUGGGCAAUGGACGAGCAUACGCGCAGGAUCUUGGCGCUGCUGGCAGCUGCAUCAGGAAGUUCUCUACAAUGCCCUUCUUGUUCUGCAACUUGAACAACGUGUGCGAUUACGCCAAUCGCAACGAUUACAGUUAUUGGCUUAGUACAACAGAGCCCAUGCCAAUGAUGAUGACUCCGAUACCAGCUCCGGAAGUGGGUAGAUACAUAUCGAGAUGUUCCGUGUGCGAAGCGCCUACCAGGGUAAUAGCCGUUCACAGUCAAUCAAUGACGAUACCCCAGUGUCCCGGUGGCUGGGACGAAAUCUGGGUCGGCUACAGUUUCCUUAUGCAUAGAGACGCUGGCGCGGACGGUGGCGGUCAAUCUCUGGUCUCGCCUGGAUCUUGCUUGGAAGAAUUCCGCGUCAGGCCGUUUAUCGAAUGCCGCGGUCUCGGUACCUGUAAUUACUUCGCCACAGCGACGUCGUACUGGCUGGCGACCAUUGAGGACAACGAGAUGUUCCGCAAACCGAUUCAGCAGACGCUGAAGAUCGAUCAUACGUCGCGGGUGAGCCGGUGUGUCGUGUGUCUCCGCCGACGUAUCAUCGACGAAUCGAACCGAACUGUAAACCUAAAGCCAUUCACAUCGAACAACGUACAACCCCCUAAUAACAACUAUCCACCGCGUUAUCCGCACGAAUACAGAACGCCUCCUAACCGGGGAAGGUGGCCGAGUGAUCACAGACGCGUACCUUCUCACUAUCGUAGAAGGGGUCAUGCGCGCGGCAGGUAUCCCGAACGAACAACCGAGACGCCUAACAAUAAUCUGUAGAGAUGACGCGGGCCGCACGAACAGACACAUUGAGAGAGAGAGAGAGACCAACCAGCGGGAUCAGUGACGUGCGAGAACGAGCCUAUGUAUAUAAAAAA